AUGACUCCCUCAAAGGAACCAGUAGCCCCAGAAAGCAGGAGCAAUCAAGCAUUCGGGAUGAAGAAAAUGAACAAGAAGAACAAAUUAGCGAAAACAGAAGACCAAGGUGAAGAAGAUGCGAAGCAGAAGCACCAAGAAACCGAAGAAAUUGAGCCCAAAGAGAGCAAGAAAGAGAAGAAAAAACGCAAGAAAGAGAAAGAAAACAACAAAGAAGGUGAAACCCAAGAAGGGAAUCACGAAGAAAGGGCUGACGAGCCUAAGAAGAAGAAGAAGAAGAAGAACAAAAAGCUGAAGAAAGAGGAAAAUGGGGAAUUUAUUCAAACUCGAAUGGAAGAACAAGGUUCAUUCCAAUUUGAUGGGAGGGAGAAGGUGAUAGUGAGUGGAAAGAACGCUGAAGAAGCGAAAUAUGCGCCGUUGAAAUCGUUUGCUGACUCUAAGUUACCAGAAAGUGUUUUGGAUUGCUGCAAGGAUUUUAGUAGCCCAUCUCCCAUUCAAGCUAAUGCCUGGCCCUUUUUAUUGGACGGUCGUGAUUUUAUUGGAAUUGCAAAAACUGGGUCAGGCAAGACCUUAGCAUUUGGGGUACCGGCAAUGAUGCAUGUAUUGAGCAAGCGAAAUGGUAAAUCCUCAAAGGGGAAGAAUCCGCUCUGCCUUGUGCUUUCCCCUACAAGAGAGUUGGCUGAACAAAUAUUUAACGUUUUGUGUGGUGCUGGAAAAUCAUGUGAUGUCAAUUCUGUCUGUUUGUAUGGAGGAACCGCCAAAGGACCUCAGAUUUCUUCUUUAAAGUCUGGUGUUGAUAUAGUAAUUGGAACCCCUGGUCGUUUGAAGGAUUUGAUGAAUAUGGAAGUUUGUCAGCUUAAGGAGGUAUCUUUUGUGGUCCUUGAUGAAGCGGAUCGAAUGCUGGACAUGGGAUUUGAAGAGGAUGUUCGCUUUAUAUUGGGAAAGACAUGUUCUGCUCGUCAGAUGGUAAUGUUUAGUGCUACAUGGCCUUCAGCAGUUCAUCGAUUAGCUCAGGAGUACAUGGACCCUAAUCCUGUUAAGGUUGUGAUUGGCUCAGAAGAUUUAGCUGCCAACCAUGACGUUAUGCAGAUAGUGGAGGUUUUGGAUGAUCAUUCACGUUAUGAGCGUUUGACUGCUUUGCUGAAGAAAUACCAUGAAUCUAAGAGGAAUAGAGUAUUGGUAUUUGUCUUGUACCAGGCAGAAGCUGAUCGUAUUGAAAAUAUGCUUCGAAGAAGUGGUUGGAAUGUUGUUUCUAUUCAUGGUCGCAAAGCACAACAUGAACGGACUAAGGCACUAUCAUUAUUCAAGAAGGGAAGCUGUCCUUUGAUGGUAGCUACAGAUGUGGCUGCUCGAGGAUUGGAUAUUCCAGAUGUUGAAGUAGUGAUCAAUUAUAGUUUUCCUCUCACUACAGAGGAUUAUGUACAUCGGAUAGGGAGGACUGGAAGAGCUGGUAGGAAGGGUGUUGCUCACACAUUCUUCACACAGCAGAAUAAGGGACUUGCUGGAGAGCUGGUAAAUGUUCUCAAAGAAGCUGGGCAGAUUGUACCACCUGCACUGUUGAAAUUUGGAACCCAUGUGAAGAAAAAGGAGUCCAAGCUAUAUGGGGCUCACUUCAAAGAAAUUGCUGCUGAUGCUCCAAAGGCUAAAAAAAUAACAUUUGACAACUCUGAUGAUGAAAACUGAUGCAUGUAUUGCAAAAAUUUAUGGGGGCCUGCCGCAAAAUUUGUAGAAUUGAUUGUAGAAACUGGUACACUACCUUUUAUUCAAUGAUUUUCCGCCAUAUUUAUUUAUUUUUUAGUCAUUUUUGUGACAGCAGCAAUUGAUCUGCAUAUGGAUCAUUCUACUGAUGGAAUGAAAAAUGUAAAACCUUGUUUGCUAAUUUUUAUCAGUUUAUCAUCAAGCCUUUCUAGACUAGGGAAUGCGUCCUUCUCUACGGUUAAUUGAAUUUGAUCAAUUAAUCAAGGCCUAGCAGCUUUAGAGUCAGGACUAUUAAACUUUUAAUGAAGUAUUCUUUCUAAGGAGUC